ACGAGGUCUGGUUUUUCUUUUUUAACAUGAAACAUAAGAUCCAGCUGAGCUAUAUGCAUUUAUCUAUCGACGCGAUACCCAUGACUCCCCUGUGCUUCCAAGGGUCUUCUGCGUCACCUCCCCCCUCUCCCUCUCUCAACUUGCUUGCAGACGUCUGCAAACUCCUGUGUUUGUGAUUCACGGAUACAUUAACGAUGAAGAUUUCCUUGUUUUUCUACAUUGCCGAAUAACUGGUUCCUUAUAUUUUCAACCUUUAUCUCGUGACUUGUCAAAUAUUAGCUGAGAUUUUCACCUUAUCAGUUACGAUGUACAAGAUUUGCUGAGUUACACUGACUUUGGUCAGUGUUUCACAUCAGACGCACAUGAGCAGUUUGGUUGAUAUAUUUCUGAUACAAGUCUGUAGGCUGUUGGUUGGCCUACCAUGGCUGAACAGUGCAAGGAUUGUGGCUGCCAGUGUCGGAACUGUGAUCAGGGUACCCUGCAUUUACAUGUUGAAAUAGAAAACCUGAAACAACGCCUAGUGGAACGAGAUCGACACAUUGUUACAAUGGAAACUAACUUUCUGUCAGAAGCAGACAAAUUUCCAGAUGGUGAAUAUGCAGCCCUUACAGAGGAACUGUUGACGUGGCAAGAGAAAUAUUCAAGACUUUAUGAAUCAUAUAAGAGAGUGCAAAAAGUAAAUCAGGGGCUAGAAGAUAAACUUUUGAGAGUUGUUGAUAAAUUUGAAAGUGAAAAAGGAGCUCUCACGCGAGAUGUUGCAAGUCUUACACAGAGACUUGUAGAUGCUCGCUUUAAUGUUAAUCGUUACCAGGAAGAAAAUGAGAGGUACAGAAAUGAUUUGAACCUAGCAAUUCAAUUUCUUCAAUGUAAACCUGCAAACUUUGUACCUCAAAAAUUUGAGCAGUUGCCCACUGAAUUGCAACAGAAAGUGAGGUCGUACAUGUCUAGCAAACGACGACCAUCGGAAUGUAAUGGACUUCCUCCAAAAGUUGAACGGAGAACCAUAAAGGUGCCCAUUCCUACCUUUCCUCCUACUGCAAUGGUUUAUUCAGUCAACAAAACACCAAAUGAUAAAGACCUGAGUGAUGAAGAGAAAGAAGUAGGGGAUGGAAAGCCACCCGUUGACAUUGUCUCAGCUGCAAUACUUGCCAAAAUUUUAGAGGAAAGAGAACGAGAAAGACUUCAAAUGAAACAUUGCUCAUCUUGUUGUUGUCCCUCACUCAUGAUGAAGGUUGAUAUUGGUACACAAACAGAAAGUCAAAUGCCGAUGAGCAACUCUCCUAGUAGUCCUGCAAUAAUGAAUCUGCGAUAUUCAUCAUCGCUGCUAGGGAGUGGGGAGGCCAGCCAGGUUCUUGUAUCGUUAGCAGAUGACCCGUCUACCUUAGUGAUUCCUAUUUCUCAGUGCUCUAGUGCGAAACAGUCACCCAGAAGUUCAGUUACCAGUAAUGUUUACUCGACCAAAUCUGAAGAGGAAGGGAUGGAUUCUAAAAAGUUAACUUGCUUAAAUAAUAUUAACAAAAGUUUUGAGGCCAGCAUUUGGGAUGACUGGAGUAUUAAUUUAUCUGAUUCGCAAAAACUACAGCAUGGUGAAACUAUUGCUCAAAGUAAUGAAACAACUCAGUCAUUUGCAAGAAAGGAUAUAAAUAUGCCCAAGGUUUCAGUUAAUAACAGUCCUGGUAUAUGCAGGGUGAAUUCCACUGUAAUGCCAAGUUCAGCAGGGUCACCUUUAGUUUCCAGUUGGAGUAGGAUUGACACGUUUUCUUCAGAAAAUCUCACUAGCAAAAAAAUGAAGAUGAAAAGCAAAGUUACCAAUAAUCAGGAUAACAUGUUGAACCCUAUCAUGAUCAAGGCCAAUGAAAGCACAAAAUCUAAUGAUGCCAAUUCAGGCUGUGACCUGACUCUACCUAAAGAUGGGGGCAAAUCUGAUCUGAAUUUUAGCAAAUUUCAGCAUAACCCAACUUCAAAAUUGAAUCAGACAAGAUUACUACCAGAAACAAAACUUUUUGCUUCUGGAGAUACUGUUGAAGUUCAUCCUAUGGAUUCCUUUAUGUACUCCAUUGAGUGUGAAAAACGCUUAGGUCCAACAACGGUAAAAAACUCCUCUCAAGUUGCAAAUUCUUCUUCCCCUCCAGCCACUGAUAAAAAAGAAAAAGAAUCAAGACCAUCUGGCCCACGUCCCUGUUCUUUGCGAUUCCAAGCAGGCUCAAAUAAUAUUCUCCUUGAUAAUGCACAAUCUUAUGAGCCCAUUCUCUAUACCAGUAGACAAGCCAAUUCAAAUAUUGCAGCCACUCCCCAAAAGGCAAAUGAUGCAUUAGUCCAUACAGCAGGAGCUCGUUUAGAAACUACGUCAAGUGUUGAUGAUUUACUAGGCCCUACGAAUGCACCAGAUCCUUCAGGAGGUAACCAAAAACUGCUACAAAGAGCACUUAGUAAUAGGACAGAAACUGGUGUCUAAGAUGUCCAGUUUACAUUAGUAACAAUUGUAACCAUAACUUAUAUUCUUUUUUAUUAGUUACUGAUCUAUGCAAAAAAAAAAAAAUUGUAUUUUGAGUAUUCUGAUCCCCAUUUUUCUCAGAAUUGUUCCUGGUAAAAAGUAAGUCUAAUGCAUAGUAAAUUUAAGAGAUUUUCAGUUCAUACCGAAUAUCUGAGGUCUAGUCUCACAUAGAUGUGGACAUUUGACUUUAGCAAAUGUCUACUUAGGUAUAAAAGAAAGAUUUUAGUGUACCUGUCAACAGUAUUGAUAGGAAUGUUGUGCAAAGCAAUGCUGCUCUUCCAUAUUUUGUCUACCGGUGUCUAUUUUUAAGAUACAAUUAAUGAUUCCAUCUUCCAAAAGUCUGAUUGAUCUUUUCCUCUACUGUUCCAUUUUAACUAGUUUAACAGUUUCCUGCAUACAUUAAAUAGUGUUUUUACAAUAUUUGAUCCUAUUCUUCAGAAAAAUCCAUGUUUUUUAUGCUGUCGAGAUCUCAUUGCUCUGAACGUUUUUUGUUUUGUUUGACAAGGCUCAAUUUUGAAGUAACUAUGUGACCACAAGAUUGAUUAUGGUACAGAGUGCUGUUACGUAAUUUAUUUCAUUUUGAAACAACUACCUGAUGAACUUUUAAUGAAAGCAAAAGACAGAAAUAAUGUCAGGUUAUUGUUCCUUUGGAUGAGGAAGUAUUCUCAACUAUCAAGUGGCAUUGAAGCUCUUAGGUUUGCACUGAUUAGACUUCUGUGAUCCGACUAGAAUUACUAACCUCUAGUCUAGUGGAGUUGUGAGUGUAGGAUUUUGUCAUGCAUUGUGUAGUGUACGAAUGCUCAGAGGCAGGGUUCCGCCUUCACUGUCAUUAAGUUUUUUUUUUUUUUUUUGUUAAACUUUAACUAGUUUGGUUGUUUGUCCUGGAAUACAUAUGUUUUCAAUGUCCACAUUUUUAUUUUAAUUGUUGGUUAUUUUUUGGUGUAUUUUACGUUGUUCUGUUUCUUUAAAUGUGAAAGGCCUCCUUCUUAGUACCUUAGCAUUCCAAUUUACAUGGUUGCAAUAUCAGAGGGGAUUUGCCCACGCUCACUCUCUUUUCUUUCCAUGUUAUAAUUUUCUUGCCUCUCGAAAAGAGAAUGGAUUUUAGUCUGUUACCAAGUUUUCAAAGAAAGGAAAGAUACUGGAAGGUUCUGUGAUGUUUUUCUUUUACAUUUGGAUAUUGUUGUUUCAAUAAAUUGUGCUUUUUUGGGGGAGGGGGGGAGUUUGAAAUAAACAUCUGCUCAUAAGGAA